AGAGUGAAAUAGAAAGCAGAGAGCUGGAGACCAUUUGUGCUGGCGAGUCUGGCAGUGUUUGUAUGAAGUCCAGCCCGAACACGUGUGUCAAUGUAGAUAUUAGAUAGCUGUUCUUACCUCUGUCUUUCAGAACGCUUGUAUUUACUACACGGAACACGGCGCACUCACUCGUACCGUAUCAGAGGAGAUACUCUAUAUAUCUAUAUUACCUACUAUGCGGUCACUCUGAAAUACUCGGGCUUCAAAAUAGGACUUACCUACACCGGAGAAAGGAGUUAAUUAAAUUUCACUCAAUUUUAUUUUACACAUAAAGGUGUCUUUCUUGUUCGUGCGCUUUCUUGAGGAUUUUUAUAUACAGGUGACAUUCUGUUAAACGUCGCUGCAUCAAAACGCACGUGUGUGAAUGCUCCACUGAUGCAGAGUGUUCGAGGUGUGUGUAUUUUGGACAUAUCGUGGCAAUAAUAUAGUGUUAUUCAGACUUAUGGUGUUUACAAAGCCUGGAAUUUAAUUUAUAUACAAACAUACCAGUUAUUUAUUUGAAUAUUUAAUAUUUUUCCUGAAAUUAUUGACUAUGAGAACAGAUAUGGCUACUACUACACUGAAUACGGAUACAACGAUAGCCCUGAGUCAAAGCAUGGACUCGGUGAAUGCCGCAGCGGAGGAAGAGGUGCGGACCCUGUUUGUUAGUGGUCUUCCAAUGGAUGCAAAACCCAGAGAACUAUACCUGUUAUUUAGGACAUACGAGGGUUACGAAAAUGCUUUGUUAAAGGUGAUGGGAAAACCUGGCAAAAAUAAUGCCGUAAGUAAUCCUGUCGGAUUUGUUACAUUCAACACAAGAAAAGCGGCAGAAGCAGCAAAGGCCGAUUUACAGGGUGUCCGUUUUGAUCCCGACCUUCCACAGCUACUGAGGUUAGAGUUCGCAAAGAGCAACACAAAAGUCACCAAGCCUAAGCAACAGAGCCCGCAGCCAGCCGCCACGCACCCAACACUGAUUCACCCAAUCACAGGACAAGAGUUAGGAACAGCUACGUUUUUCCCCAGCGCACCUGAGGCAUGGGCGCCGCAUCCUUUAGCGGCCUAUCCCGACUUGACGCAGAGUGCUGCCGCCGCGGCCACAAUCCACCAAACAGCCGCACUUAUCCACCAUCCCGCUCUCGCACAAGUACCGGUACGGCGAACUGCAGACUGGUGUACAGUAAACUGCCAAGACACAUGGCUACAACAACUUCCUCAGGAAUGGUACCACCAACUCGCUCAGAUUCACCACCCUGCCAUGAUGGCCCCCUCUGCUGUGUCGGCCGCCUUGCCACACCCCCCUAUUGCCGCCACGCCUAUCUUAACUAGCCCUAUUAGCACGAUGAGCACCACACCUGCCGCUGCAGCGGCAACGUCGAGCCCAGGGGUGCCGCUGACACCGAACAACGCACCAUGCUCCACGCUGUUUGUGGCCAAUCUCGGCCAAUUCUCCUCUGAACAGGAACUAAAGGAUCUGUUUAGCAGUUUCCAGGGUUUCAGCCGGCUAAGAAUGCAUAACAAGGGUGGAUCGCCAGUGGCAUUUGUGGAAUUCCAGGAUGUUAGACAAGCUUUGGAGGCCAAGAGCAGACUACAAGGUUUUGUACUGUUAUCGUCAGACCGUGGAGGAAUUCGUAUAGAAUAUGCAAAAAAUAGGAUGGGGGAGGUCGUGGGACAGAACGAGGUUUUAGGUUCUCCGAUUUCUCCAAAUUCUGCCUUCUAAGAAAAUAGUUCCUACGGAUGUCUCCAUGGUUACCAUUAACUAUACACGAUUUGGUUAUUCACUUGUUGUCUGCUCAUGGAUCCCAUGGCGUUGCCAUGGAUACCAAAAGUCUUGUUGCCAGCCUGGAAUUUGUUGUUUUGUCUCUUUAAUGUUUUUUUUAUUAUUUGUUCUUUUUUAUAAAUAUUGCUGUCAGUUGAGGUUACCAUAGUAACUGACCUGAUGAAGUAUUCGUUAGUUAGGGACUAGUAUAAGUAGUAUAUGUAAUUAUAAUGAGUCGUGUAUUAUGCAGUAGUGCGCCUGGUGGUAUUAAUAAAAAAAACUUUAUGCAUGUUAUUGUACAAUACUACGUUAGAGCUACAGACUACAAUCCUUUUCAACAGUGUGAUGUUUAUAAUAUUGUAUAUUGUACAUGUGUUGAUAUUUAAUAUGUAUCAAAUGGUGUAUUUUGUAAAAUAAGAAAAUAUUGAAAUGCAAUUUUUCUCAUGUUGAUGUGUUUUCAUAAUAAUGAAUGUAGUUUUCCAUCUUGUUUAUCCUGCAUUCCUGUUUUAGGUAGGUGGAACCAUCCAGUUUGAACAUGUAAAGAAAGAAAACUGGAUCGUUCCAUUUUACAGUAGGGAAAUUGUAGUUUCAAGAUGGUUGACAUUUUUUUGUCUUUAUACAUAAAAUGUAAAAAAAAAAUGUGAUUUUGUAAAAUUUCAUAUCUAUGUUAGCGUUUCCCAUUGGCUCUUUUCCGUCCAAUAAAAUCUUGACAUAUCUGCGGUGCAGGGCAUAUCCACAUUUUAACGAAUACGAAUAAAGGCCUUUUUAACGUAAUGUGUUCAAAUUGUAUACAAACACAGCGUUGUGCAAAUAAAUUGGGAAACCAACUUUGUUACUAUAUAAAUACACGAACACCAUUGAUUGGUUGUAUAAGUUAACCUUUGACCUAUGACCUUAUUUGGCAUUACCAUGCACUAAAAUGCACACAAUAGGUAUGCUAUCACCGGUUUAUGUACAUACUUGAAUACCGGAAGCACAACUUAUAUACAGUGAAAUGGUUGUGGAAACAUUUUGCAUCUUUGAAGUAGAAAAUUGCAUUAUGUUUUAGAAUAGUUUCCAACGGAAAGACAAAUAGCCCCUCUAAGUUUAUAUACCUGAUCAAAGCCUGUUACGUGUUAGUUAAGGUUUCAACAUCGUUAAUUUGCAUAAAUACCUAAAUUGUUUGAAUAUAAUUUUUUUUCUAUAAAUUUUCUAAAACUAUUUAAACAAUUUUUUUUGAGAAAUGUUACCUAUAAUAUAAAAUUCAAUUAACAUUAUUUGUCAUAUGAAAAAUAAUAUUGCAAUUUUGCACUUUACACUUUUAAAUGAAUAAAUGUUCUUGUCGAAAUCUUUAUAGAAUAAGGACGGUCAGAACAUGAUGUCCAUUGAUAACAUGGAAUUGUCUUUUAAAACAAACUUUUGGGAAGCUGAAUAGCUACAUAGUUGAUAUGCUUCUACACUUACUUUAUCUGUUAGUGAAAUGGAACAGUACAACGAAUGAAACAUUUUCUGGCAAAAUGUUUGUAAGUUAAGUUUGAUGCAAUAGUGUCACAACACAGUUUCGCCAUAGUGGGAAGUCGCUUUGGAAAUCACCUCGUAGGUAUGCAGUCUUCUUUCACUCCAAGGACAAAUUUUACAACUGAAGAUCAAAAUAUUUAUAUUCAUCUUUAAAUGAUGUGCAGUUUUUGUUGAUGCUUUUUGAUCAGUGCCAGUUUGAAACUUUCUUGUAUCUUACAAUCUCGCUGUGCAAUAAAUGUCAAUCUUAUUUGCCUUUGUACAUUUCAUAAACAAACUAACAUUUGUACAUUACAAUUUUAUAACAAAUUAACAUUUCCAACUUUUCUACAUUCUUUAUCACAAUUUUCUAUUCCAAAUGGAAAUAGUAGUCGGAGAACAAUAUAUUUAUUACAUUAUGCAACACAACCUGACAACAGGGUAUCCGGUGUUUGUAGGGAGAAUCGAGUUAUAACAGUAUAGUCCGUAAAGACAAAGAAAUGAUUAAAAAAUCAAAAUAAAAUUGAUUUAUUUAUCACUGAAUUGAAAAUGAUCUUAAGUUUGUAUCAUAGAACUUAAAAGACAUCUAAUGCGAUAUAUUGUUUCUUAAAUCAUAAAAUGUACAAAUAAUUUAAAAUGGUUUGAAAGAUAUCUAAAACUACAUAUUGUUACUAAUUUAUUACUAAAUGAAUGGAAACAUUUUGACAGGAUUUAUUAGAUGAUAAAACCUACAAGCUGUUAAAUAUUUAUCACUUUUAAUUAUUGAACCUUUGGUGUAGUCAGUUUUUGAUUUUUAAACUUAUUCAUUGUUAUAAUUCUGCAAUUUUUGAGCUUAAAUUAACUUAUCAAUUUGUUUGAUGAUUAUUAAUGAUGUAAUGGAAUGACAAAUAUUAAAGGAGUACAUAAUUCUAAAUCACCCGUGACUUUGUGAAAUAUUCACAAACCAGGUGAACACGAAGUUGUUAUCUACUAUAUCGGAUAUUGUGAUAUUUUUACCAUGACCGUUAUUGUGUUUUGCAGAUUAAAUUUUAAACAUAUUGUGGACCAAUGAAAUUUAUAAAGAACAACAUUUCCAUCAGAUCAACGUAAUUAUUCAAACCGAUUGUUAUUGAAUAACUAUGGUUGCUAAGCAACACUAGAUAUUGACGGUUUAUAUUAACAAUUAGGUGUAAAUAUUCAUUAUAGAGAUAGAGUUGAUUCAUUUUAAUUCAGAUUGGUCAAAUCGAAAAACAGUGACAAGGCAACGUAAAUCCAAAGCAUUCAUUUUACGUUUUCGCCAUUUCAUUAAUAUUCCCCACUAGUUAUAUUGGGUAUCUUGAGCAGAUGUAGAUCGAUAACAUAUGCACAUUUUUCUAAGGCUUUGGUUUUUAUAUAAAAUUUGUUCAGAUAUAUUGCUCUGCCCAUAUUUGCAUUCAGGGAAACAACUCUAAUAAUCACACGAAGAGCCCCAUGUCUGUACCAUUCAGUGUAUGUUUAUUCUUCGAGAUGAAGAUAAGAUUAAAUGCAUCAACGAUAAUUUUCUCCGUGUAAAUUGUUAUAUAUAUUGUGUAACAUUCCAGGGUGUUUAGGUACUCCAUACAGUGUAUAAAGUGUUGCCUUGGUUACACUCUAUACAACGUAUGAAGGUUGACAUGGUAAAACUGUGCAUAUGAUAUGAUGAUUACCAUGGCGCUACUACACCGUACAAAGGUUGCCAUAGUAACAAUACAUUGUUUGAAGUUGCCAUGGUGACACUGCACAGAAUAUGAAGGUUGCCAUGGUAACAUUGUACAGUGCGUGAAAAGUUACCAUGAUGACACCUUAUACAUUGUACGAAGAGUUGCCCUUACAACAGUGCUUAGUUGAUUAAUGUCUUACCGUUUUUCUCUAAUUAAUCGGUAUACUGUUAUCAUACGAUCACAUUUUUAUGUUUUUGGUCAUUUCCCCAUUUUUGAUGCAAUGUAAUUUCAAAUUAUGAUAAGCAGUUCUGUGACGUCAAUUUUGGUAUUUGAGGCUUUUCUCUACAGAAUGUCUUUGAAAUCAUGGAUAUUAAUAUUUCUUGGUCAUGGAUAUUCAUACACACCUGGUCAUGAUUAUUACUUUUCUUCCUAAUUUUCAUGAAUUUUCAAAUUCAUGCAGUCAGAAGACAUUCACAUUUUACUAUUAUAAGUGAAUCUAGAAUGAUUGGUCCUAUUAGGAGUUGUGUAGGGAUUCGCUUCAGAUAUCACCAGAGACGUGAUGAAAUGACUCAUCACAUUUUGUAGGAUUGCUUUUGAUGCAAACUUAUGCAAAUUGGAACGAGUAUGUAGGGUUAUCGCCCCUGAUCGUCGGAAGUGUGUACAUGUUUUUGGGUUGUCUGUUUGAACGUGUGGUAAUUAUAUAUUAUAUAUUAAGUCACUGCUUGGGACUUGCAACAAUGAAAACAUUUUGAUGAGCAAUUUACGAGAUAAUGUCGGUACCGAAAGUGUGUAGUAUUGAGAUAUGUUACAAUCAUCGAGUAUAGGCAUGUACACUACAAUCCUAUGGAAGGUCAUAUAGCAAUAAAUACAGUUGUACAGCAGUGAUUUGUAGCGGAGAGCAGUUGUAUGUGAUGUAGUAAAACAUAUGAGUCGUGAUGCAAUAAUGAAGAAAACCCGAGCGUAAAUGCUCUUCCUGUUGGAGUCAAUGCUUUGUCCCAGGCAGUGUAAACAAGGUUGUGUGUCUCGUUAUUACCAUGUGAUAUAUAUAUAUAUAUCAAAACACUUGUUAAUGCUAUAUGCGAUUUGUCAUGAUGUGGUUAGUAAAAUCAUCAUGAGAAUGUUGAUGACAAUUGUACUAGUUAAUACCUUUUUUUGUAUAUUAUAUUUGAUUGAGAGGAAUAUAGUUGUUUAUUUACCUGUCUCAUUAAUUCAAAUGUUUUUAUUUCAUUUAUUUGAAAUCCAACAUUUAACGGAAUUAAAUCAUCAGAACAUUGUUCAGGAACUUCCAAUAGACAGAAGUCUGGCAAUAUGCUGUCAUUUCACAGCUUUUGCUCCUGAACUAUCUAACAAUUUUGAUUAUUCAUUAAAACAACGUUUUCCUCCCAGAACAAACAAAACAAUAUAGAAAAUGAUGAUCUCAAUUCAUUAUUUAUAAUUUUAACCCCCUCCGACAUAGGUAUAAUUAGAUAUAGUUUUCUUUUGUUCUUUCAGGAAUAUUGGUAAAAUUGUCAGUUUCACUGAUAAUACUCAUUCAAAUGCAAUACAUUGAGUUUUGUGUAUUUUUUAAUCAUAUUUGUAACUUUUACUAUCGAGUAGGCGUCCUCUGUUAUCAUUGGAGAUUAAGUAAGCUCCUUAUUGUUCAUUUAGGGGUAUAGUUACCUCCUUUGUUUUCAUCGGGGGAUUGUCUCACUUUGGCAUUUCUGAUACUGGAUAACACCAGAUGGCGUUUAAUAAUGCUUAUUGAUUUAUUUAUUGAACCCGACAUCCCUUAUUUCUAGCCUGUGUAGAACGGUGCAACGGUACAUGGAUAAGAAUGAGGGGUGGCAGGAUUAUUUUGUUUAGGUCAGUCAGGAGCUGAUGAAUUAUCAGAUUUAUUCAUUCUUGUGUAUGUUACAGGGUAUUAAUUCAUUUUAGGGACUGGUGUUUCCUAUCCCGAUUCACUUGAAAUAUUUAAAGGAAAUUCAUAAAAGAUUAAUACUGCGUUUCCUAAAUGUAAAAUGAUUUUGUGUUGUAUGUUCUAACAUCAAGCAAAGAAACACGAAACGUCAAUCUCAAAUUUACGAUAUCAACUGAAAACUUUGAACUUGGAAAAUGUAUUUCAUUGUUUAAAGCGACUGAAGUAUCAGAAUUUUUUUUUUGUAACUCAAUUGCAAUUACUAAUAAAACAAUGAAUGACAUUUUAACGACAGUUGAGCUAUCAGUAUUAUAUACACUGGUUUAAUUCCUUUGAUUAUGUUCAGGUAAAUUAUAGGAACACCACCCUUGCUCAUUUUAUAAAUUAUCUACUGACAAUCUUUGUUUUCUUCGUGUAAAAUGAAUCAUAUGCUGAAAGUGUUACAAUCUCAUGGAUUUUAUCAUCAGUAAACGAAUAUUUGUUAAAAUCACUUUUACAUACAACUGUAAUAUGCAUGGAUUACAAUCAUCACGUGAUUUUCGGUCUUUCAGUAAACUUCAUUCCGAGGGAACCGGUUGCCUUAAACUUAAAAUCUAGUUAAAGAGUAUAAAAACAGUAGGAAACCUACCCACCAAUUUAUUGGCAUCUCGGAUAUUAAAGAUAAAAAUGUGAAACUCCAGAUCUGUCACACGACACACUACCAAGUGUUAUACAUAAGCAAGGUAGUAGAUUCUGGACACAUUGAUUACUCGAGAUAGAAUUUUUUUUUAUUACUGGAUACAAAUAUUUAAUAUAACAGAAAAUUUAUUGAAAAUUUAUUGAAUAAAAAUUGAACUUUAUUAUUGAAAUGGAAUUAAGCAAGAUUCAAAUAUUUGAAACUUUUUUUAAAGAUAACAGUAUUUGAGUGAGUAAAGAGAUUAGAUAUUAUUUGUGUAUUUUACAUACAAAGUGAGUUUCAAAGAUUCGGUAGAUUCUGAGACCCCGAAGUAAAACAUCACGUUAUUAUACGUUUUAAGGUGGUCUAUACGUAUAUUAAUAUUGAGGCGGACAACCGAGCACCUGUUGAUGUUAAUCCUGAUGAUUGUUUAGUAUUCAGAGAUGGAGCUGAUUCCUUGCCCGCUAUAGUUACUUAAUAAAGUAGUAGUUAGCCAUAUAACGAAUGUAUAUAGAUGUGUUGUAUUUAUAUUACAUUGAUGUAUGUCAGAUGUUAGGAAACAAGCAUUGACAGAAUGUAAACACGAAGUUACCUCCCCUUGACAGAUAUACCAGCUUCAUCAAUUAUGUAUUCCACUAGUAUAUUGACCACUCUAACGAGCUGAAUUUCUAAACUUCAACUUUUAAGUCAAUGGCUCAACUCAAUUAGAAUUAAAGAAAUAAAAAUUAAAGAAAUAAAAAUUUAAGAAAUAAAAAUUUAAUUCCUGUAAAAUCGGCAUGAUAAAUUUCUGUUUCUAGUAAUAAGCGAUGUACUUUACUUCAGUUUAACGGAGUUAGAUGUAGCUGUCUAUAAUAUAUUCAAAUAGGCAGCAUCAAACACGUGUGUAUAACUGAUGUGCCCGGAUGUUUUAAUGGGAGAUAACUGCGUGCUUCCUAACUUGCCUGUCUGCUUUGAUUGACGAUUGAUGUUCAUCUCUGAGAAAAUUCAGAGGCUAAAAUUAGACGUGUGUGCGUGCGUGUAUUCUUAGUUCAAGUGUUAGUAGGGCAGAUGGAAAUGUCAGAUGAUUUAUAGAAAUGUUCGUCAACUUUCAAUUUUGACUUCUUACCUGAUUUUUGAGUUUGACAUGUCAGAUUUGAAAUGUGACUGUCAUGUUUAUUGAAGUUUGAUCAUUGACCUAAUUCAGUACUGGAAUUGACCUUUAGCCAGGUCAAGGUCAAUCUUCUUUUUUUUAACUUUCUGACUCGUUUAUAUUAAAAGGUUGUUGGAGGGUGUUGGCUGGAAAGCAUUGUUGUAACACCAGAGUUCAAUGUACUUUGUUAAUGAUGGUGCAGAAUUUUCUGAUCCAGGACAGGAAGGCGUCAUUUUCAAUUUCGACAUGAAAUCAGAAAAUGUAAAUAGACUCUCUGCUGUAAAAAUACAUAUUCUAUUUCCGCAAUGGUCACGUGACUAACUUUGUUUGUAUGCAACACGAUUGAAUAAUUUACUUUGUCUGAACUCUUUCGUACCAUAUAUGAAUUUAAACGUUCCUUACUUUAGGAAAUUCAUUAACUUUAAAUUUUCCAUAUCAUAGGAGUGCAUUUGCAUUGGAUUUAACGGAAAAAAUCUUAGUUGUGGAACUUUCCUUAAAAUCUGUUAUGUCUUCCUAUGAAAAAUGGUAUAUUAUAUAAUGAAACUGGGGCCAGAUACGCUAAAUUUAAAUUUGAAGUUUAUUCAAUAAGACAUCAACUUGUAGAGUGCCAUAAUUACUUUGAUCUUUGAUAACUUCCUGUCCUGGAUAUAAUACGCGUUGUGCAAUUGAAAUUUUGCUCAAGACUUUUCGCUGUCGCUUAGAAAAUGGUUGUAUGACGAGUAAACCAAGAGAGGAAAUGAGGGGGAAUAACUCCAUUAUUUAUUGGGAGACUGUGUGAAUCAUUUUAUAUUUAUUUAUCAUUUUCCGAAAUAUACUGCAAUAUUCAAUUGGUAUUGCAUGUUAUACCAUGUCGUCAAUACAUGUCUCAACCUCAGGAAUGGAAAUGGGUUCUUCUGACAGUAGGAGAAGGAACAUCCCAUUUUGGGUAGGAGGGAGUGUAGGGUGUUUUCCUCAUCAUGUGACUCGGUAUAACGACUACACCAGAAUACGUAGUUUAAUCUUAUCCUAAAAUUAACUGUACUUUACAUCUGAAUAAACGAAAGAUUGUCUUCA